AUGCUCGGAGACCUGCCACAGGGCCCGGGGGCCGCGGCCCAGGCCUCGCGGGCCGAGACGAGCGGAGGGGCGGAUACUGCACCUUCCCCCCGGCCCUGCCCGGACCGUCCCGACGCGCUACGGAGCGAGCCUGCGCCGCUUCAUGCCGCGCCGCCUCCGCUCCCGUCCGGGCUACAGCAGCUUCCUCGGCAGCGGCGGACGCGGUACUUAAAGGCGCUGGACUCGUUUAUCGAGGUUGACAGGAUUUAUGUUGAAGCUCACCGGCCCCGUAAUAACCCUGCCAUCAGCAUCACUGAAAAUGUGCUGCAUUUCAAAGCUCAGGGACAUGGUGCCAAAGGAGACAAUGUGUAUGAAUUUCACUUGGAGUUCUUAGACUUUGUAAAGCCAGAGCCGGUUUACAAACUCACCCAGAGGCAGGUAAACAUUACGGUUCAGAAGAAGGUGAGUCACUGGUGGGAACGACUUACCAAGCAGGAAAAACGCCCGCUCUUCUUGGCCCCUGACUUUGAUCGCUGGCUGGAUGAAUCUGAUGCAGAAAUGGAGCUCAGAGCCAAGGAAGAAGAACGCCUGAAUAAACUAAGGCUAGAAAGCCAAGGCUCUCCUGAAACACUUACAAACUUGAAGAAAGGCUACCUGUUCAUGUAUAAUUUUGUGCAGUUCUUGGGAUUCUCCUGGAUCUUUGUUAACCUGACAGUGCGGUUCUUUAUCUUGGGAAAAGAGUCCUUCUACGACACGUUUCACAGCGUGGCUGACAUGAUGUAUUUCUGCCAGAUGCUGGCAGCUGUGGAGACCAUCAAUGCAGCAGUUGGCAUCACCAGUUCCCCAGUGAUACCUUCCCUCAUACAGCUUCUUGGAAGAAAUUUCAUUCUGUUUAUCAUCUUUGGCACCAUGGAAGAAAUGCAAAACAAGGCUGUGGUUUUCUUUGUGUUUUAUUUGUGGAGCACAAUUGAGAUUUUCAGGUAUCCCUUCUACAUGCUUUCUUGCAUUGACAUGGACUGGAAAGUGCUCACGUGGCUGCGUUACACUGUUUGGAUACCUGUGUACCCCCUGGGAUGCUUGGCUGAAGCUGUCUCAGUGAUCCAGUCCAUUCCAGUUUUCAACGAAAGCGGAAGAUUCAGUUUUACAUUGCCAUAUCCAAUGAAAAUCAAAGUUAGAUUUUCAUUUUUUCUUCAGAUUUAUCUUAUAAUGUUAUUUUUAGGGUUAUAUAUAAAUUUUCGUCAUCUUUAUAAACAGCGCAGGCGGCGGUAUGGACAAAAAAAGAAAAAGGUCCACUAAUCAGAUUUAGAAGGCACCUUGCCAGUUUGAGCCUAAUCUGUGAUUCUUACAGUUUUACCUUCUUGUACUGAUGUAAACGUUUUUUUAAAAGUUAAACAAUUAAACUCUCAGUGAGGCUAUC